UCGGCCUGCUCCCCGGCCGGGGCCGAAAUCGACCUAGUGAGUCCCUCGCAGGCGAACCAGGCCACCACAGAUAGUAGGCGAGUGGUGUCCCAAGGUGCAACUCACCGCCACGCUGGCUCAGCGUGGCGGUGAGGAUGCACAGACGGUGGUAGUGGCGAGAGGUGUGUAUGGACACUGUUCACGCGGCAGUGAUGCAAAGCGGCAAACUGCACGUGGCAACCACCGUCGCGGAAAGCGUGGCCCACGAAGCUGGAGGAGUAGAGAGAUUCGUAAACACCACGUCAGUAAGCACCGCUCGCGGGAGAAGGGAGACGACCGCGGGCACCGCGGGGAGGGAGUGCUGCACCCUCCUCGUCAAAACACCACAGGCAAGAACCGAGCUCUGCAGAGAUGGAUUGAGGCGAGGAAACUCGCCUCUCGGAAAUACGGAAGAAAGCACACCCGCAACGCGAGGUGGACCGAGAGAGACACGAGACCGCAGCGGCCGUCAAGGCAACUGCGAAGAAGAAGGCACGAGAGGGCGACCUAUCGUUCGGCACGUUCAACGACUUCAGGAGACCCGACGGGAGGGGCAAGGUUCAAUUGCACACGACGGGCAGGAGGCGGAAGCGUCCGCAAAGCGCCAGCGCGCGAGGGAAGCAGAAGCAGAAAGUACGGCCAUCUCAGGACCGAAGAGAAAGAGAGCCGGGGAAGCGGCGGUGGGAGGGAAGAAACGG